GUGGUAACGUUGACGAUAGCAGUGCUUGAAGCAAGCCCGACUAGACGACAUAGCAAACGAUUCUCCGGAUUCAGUGUUGCCGGGAUUGGUGGAAGCGCCGGAUGCGUUGUUACGGGUAAUAAAUUAUUUGCGAAUGGUUUCUUUCUGCGAGAAUUGACGGGUGAGGAGCAGAAAGAGCUGAUUAAUUAUGAAGAGGACUCAAAAAGAUACAAGGAGGAAGUGAAAUUGUCACUGGAAGCAAAACGAAAGGAAUGGCAGCAAGCCAGGCACCGCAAAGGCGGCAAGGCUUUACUGUCAAACUCAUCGAAGGAUCUUCCGAAGCCUCCGAAGAAACCAUCGUUCUGUUCCGCUAGUGACACAACACAGUAUUAUUUUGACGGAUGCAUGGUUCAGAAUAACAAAGUAUUUGUGGGACGCGAGUAUGCACGGGACUUGACGCCUGAGGAAGUGGAGGAAUUGAAAAUAUUCGAUCAAAAAAUGACUGCCUACCAAAAGUAUCUGUCUGCUACCAUUCAACAGCAAGUGGAUAGUCUCUUCGGUGGUAAGGCCGACUUCUGGAGCUUGUUUACGGAUGCCCAUGCGAAGGCUUCUCCAACAACGGAACCUACAACACCGGAAUCGACGACUAUUACGGAACCAGUGGAGGCGCCACCUUCUCCAAACUUCUGCAUUGCUAUUUAUUAA